AUGAAUAACUUAUUUCACAAACUCCAUCUUGAUAAACUGAGAGCUGCAGAUGUUCUUCAGAUAACUUCAUUACAAUCCUAUGAGUCUUGUGCUGAAGAGGAGAUGAUUCAGACUUUCAUACAAAAACUGCUGAUGAUGAACUAUAGAGCAAGAAACAUUAAAACUAUAGAAACCAACGAACAGUCUCAAACUCAUCAAAGAGACAAUGACUCAUCUGAAGAUGAGAGUGAUAUUUUUGAUGAUGUUGCUAACAUCUCUUUGUCAAAAACAGGAACAAGUCAAUCUGAGCAAAUCCACCCAAUGGAUGUUCAGAUGGUCGUGUUUCAUUGUGCGGAUGGUUUCCUGAAGCAGCUGAUGGUCACUAAACUGUCCCAGUGUCAAUACGCUCUGCCUCUGCUUGUUCCUGAUCCAUUCACACAGCAGAUUGAGUUUCCUCUCUGGACAUUCAGACAAAUCAACAAGAGCUGGAAGAUGAGAAACACCAACAAUGAGAUCAUCAGUCAAACCCAUCCGAUCUACAAGGCACAAACUCCAGUGGUGUUUUUUUUCAGGUUUGGCUCCGUGUCUUCAUCUAAGUCUCAGCUGAUGAACAGUCUGAUCAAUGAGAAACACAACACGUUCUUCCACAGGAACUGCCCAGGCAGCAGCAGAACCAGAGUCCUGAUGGAUGGAGUGGUGGAGAUCGCCUGGUUCUGCCCCUCUGGGAAAAACACAGAUAAAUUCACUGACUGUGUUGCUUUCUGUAAUCUACACGGUGAUGCAGGAGAACAUGAGAAACAGCUGCAGAUCCUCACUGAAAAGGCCUCAGUAAAUGUUAUUAUUCUACCACGACUGGACAGGAAUGACAGACAUGCAGAAAAGAUCCAAAACCUGUACAGGAACAGAAAGCCACUCAUUUGUCUUUUUACUAAGGAUGAAUCUGCUGUAACCGAGAUGAAAAAAAGAAGAUACAAAAUUGGUUUGAAAGGCAGAAAUCAGUCAGAUGUAUCUGAAGAACUCCGACGAGUAAUAAAUGAGUGUCUCUUGGGAUCAUCUUCCACUUUCAGACUUGAAGAUGUGUCCAAACACACAGAUAUCAGAGUAGAUGAGGAAGAUGAUGAUGACUGCAGGAGAGGAAGAGAAGCAGCACAGCAGAUGAUGAGUUUAUUGGAGAAGAAAGAUCUGACAGAAAUCAAGGAAUCAUUUCUGCCUCAUCAGGGGAAACUGUGGCAUCAGUGGAGUCAGAUGAACAAAGAACUACAUCGACCUCGAGCAGAUGAGACAGAAAUGGACUUCAGUAGGAAACACACAGAAAUGAAGAAAAUCCGUGAGCAACAGCAUAAAUCUGAUGUCAGCAGGUUUAUGAAGCUCUUUAUUAGAGAAAUGAACUCAGAUACCACAAACAAGACAUUUUUCCUCAAAUGGCUCAGAAUCCUCCUGGAUGAACAUACAUCAGCUGAUCUUUCUGCUCUACAUCACAAAUAUGAUGAAAAAUGGUCAACAGUCCUAAAACUGAAGGGGAAUCAUGAUAAACCUGAACAACUCAAAGCUGAACAGACUGAAUUUGAGAGAAUAUCUGAGGAACUUCAAGCUGCAGCCUUUGGUUUGGAGCACGUCAUGAGGGAGAUUGGCCAGAUUUACGAAUCAUGUUCAUCUGUCAAGAAGAACAAGGAAGACUUGCAGUUUCACUUCUCUUCUCUCCCGAGUCUUGCAGCAGAGAUGAUGAUCUCUGGAUUUCCACUGGAGUUGAUGGAUGGAGACGCUGCUCAUGUUCCUGGGAUCUGGAUCUCUGCUGUUCUAGAUCAACUCAUCCAGAAACUGGGAGACCAGAGAGUCUUUGUGCUGUCAGUUUUAGGGAUUCGGAGCUCUGGGAAAUCCACCAUGCUGAAUGCCAUGUUUGGACUUCAGUUUGCCGUCAGUGCUGGCAGGUGCACCAGAGGAGCUUUCAUGCAGCUGCUCAGAGUGUCAGACGAGAUGAAAACACAGAUGAACUUUGACUAUAUUCUGGUUGUUGAUACUGAGGGUCUCCGAGAUCAAGAAAUGUCUGGAAGAUCAACAAGACAUCAUGACAAUGAAUUGGCCACAUUUGUUGUUGGUCUUGCAAAUCUGACCUUGAUCAACAUCUUUGGAGAAAACCCAUCUGAGAUGCAGGACAUUCUUCAGAUUGUUGUUCAGGCCUUCCUGAGGAUGAAGAAGAUCAGACUGAAUUCCAGCUGUGUGUUUGUGCAUCAGAACGUUUCAGAAGUUACAGCUGGAGAGAAAAACAUGGAGGGAAGGAGACGACUGCAGGAGACUCUGGAUGAAAUGACAAAACUUGCUGCUAAGGAGGAAGAGUCUGAUGCAGAAAGUUUCAGUGAUAUCAUUAGAUUUGAUGUUCAGAAAGAUGUUAAGUAUUUUGUUCAUCUCUGGGAAGGAAACCCACCCAUGGCACCACCAAACCCAAACUACUGUGAGAAUAUUCAAGAACUAAAGGAAACUAUAAAAAUUCAUGCAUCAAAAUCACAUAGAAUGAUGCUGAAAGACUUAAAGGAUCGUGUUAAAGAUCUCUGGGAGGCUUUACUGAAUGAACGAUUCGUCUUUAGCUUCAGAAAUUCUCUGGAGAUUUCAGCUUAUAGAAAAUUAGAGACCGAAUACAGGAAGUGGUCCUGGAGUGUUCUUAGAGCUAUGAUGGAAACUGAGAACAAACUACACAACAAAAUAGAAAAUGAGACAAUUCAUGAGGUUGAGGAAACUGAUCUUCAAAGAGAACUGAAAGAGACAAGUGAAGAAGUGAAUAAAUCAAUGUCAGCAUUCUUUGAGAAAGACACGGAUGAAUAUAUACUGAUUCAGUGGAAAACAUUAUUUGAAAUCAAAAUCAAAGAACUUCAGGAAAACGUUGUGAGAGAAACAAAGAGGAAAUUAAAUGAGAUUCUGCAGCAGCGAGACCUGAAGAAAAAGAUUGAUGCUCAGAGGACACAUCAUGAAAACACUCUCUUUGAAAAGAGCAAAGAACUUGCCUUAAAAUUCAAAGACAAAGCAAAUGAUGAAGACACAGUGAAGAAAGAUUUUGAUUUGUUUUGGGAACAAAGUGUGAAGAAGAUCAUCAAAGACACUCCUGCAAUCAGAUACAUUGACAUUAUGAGAGAUGUGAGAGAAAUCCUCAGUGACAUCUAUGAGCGUUUUCUCCCUGUAGACCAAGGGCGGGAGAGCAGGGAUAUUUUUACUGUGCUGAGUUAUUCUGAAUAUGUAAUUUUCAAAAAGUCCACAAAAAAGCAUGAAGCCCAAAUAAGAUCAUUAGUCACAGAUGUUAUUCAGCAGACAGACAACAUGAUUCAGUCAUUUAACAUUUCAAAGAUGGGCUACAAUAAAAGCUGCCUUACACAACUCAUAGACUAUGUCAAGACAAGAGUAACAGAACAUCAGAAAGGACAAGUGAAAUAUGUGUUCACGAAUGAAUUCUUCAUGGAUUUGGUUCUUUCCAUCUGUAAGAGAGCAAACAAAAUGAUCACUGACCAACACAGACUGUUCAGAGACGCCAAUGAUCCUGAAAUAUAUGUUGAGAAGAAGAGAGAAGAGUACUAUAGUAUUUUCCAGAAAUACUGUCAUGGAGCUGCUUCAGCUGCCAUUUUUGGUGAGAUCAUCUGUCAGAAACUCAAAGAGCCCAUUGAGCAGAGCAUCUACAAGAAGACUGCCAAAGAUCUGACAGAUGAAAUUAAAUCAAACUGUGAAUCACUGAAUGGAAACAGAUCAAAUCUGGAGAAACACAUCCUGACAUUUCUGUCAGAAAAUGAGAAUUUUUCUGCCUACUUGUAUUACAUUAAUCAUCCCAGAGAUCAUUUCAAGGAUUUCAUAAGAGAUGAAGUCAGUCAGUACAUCACUGAUAAGUUCAGUGUCAGUGUUUUGCCCAAGAUGAAGGAGAAUAUUAAACUCCUGCAGCAGAAGAUCAUGAAAGCAGCACAUGAAUCUACUGAACUUGUUCAAGAGAGCAGAGGAGAUGUUGGUUUGUGGUUGAAGAGUUUCACACAGCAGCUCUCAGAUGUGCUGAUCUUCUCUGAAAAAGACCUCAGUGGAGUCAAACAUGAUGGUGUUAAAGAUUUCAACCUCAUGGAAAAUGUGAUAAAAAAAGAACUUCCUGCUAUAAUGUCUGAUAUCAGCAGUAGAUUCAACACAAAGUCAUUUGAUGAAAAACUGGACUAUAAAUUCAGGCCAGAAGAGCUUCUGAUUGAUCACUUCUGUCAGUGCUGUUGGGUUCAGUGUCCGUUUUGUGGAGCCACCUGCACCAACACCAUAGAAAACCAUCCUGGAGAUCACAGUGUUGCUUUCCAUCGUAAUAUUGGACUGAAUGGGUGGUUUUACAGAGGGACAGAAAAUUUGUCAAUUAGCAUCUGCACAUCAGCAGUAACAAGUAAUCAAUCUUUUCUUCCCAGUGACUCAAAAAAGUCAGUCCCCUGGAGAGAAUACAGAAGAGCAGGAGGAAUUUAUGAGAAGUGGAGUAUCACCCCUGAUCUCUCUGAACUGCCCUACUGGAAGUGGUUUGUGUGUCGAUUCCAGAAAUAUCUGGAAACAUACUACAAUAAAACCUUCAUGGGUUGUGGUAAAAUACCAGAUGAAUGGAAAACAUACUCAAAACAUGAAGCUAUUGAAAGUUUGGAUAAAUACAUCUAA